UUAUGUCCCUUCGACAACCUUUGGUCUCUUGUGAAGGAUUCAAGUAUCGCCAAAAUGAAUACUUUUCAAAGGACAUCAAUGUUGAUCAAACUUUCAAAAACAAAGCUGCAGCCUUCCUCCUCACACGGAAUCCUGUCAAACUGUUUUGAUGCCAAUACCGCAAACUUACUCGUCACUAAGUUUCAUUCAAAUAGCAAACACCUUUUUCCACAAGUUGCAAACAAACACAAAAUGAUGCCUUAUCCAGUUUUAGAUGUACAAGUGGAUGUUAAUCAACCUGAUUAUUCCAAAAAUAUUGCUGCAUCUAAAGAAAGAGAGAAAGUGUUGUUAGGAAUGUUAGAAAAAGUUCAUAUGGGCGGCGGCCAGAAAGCCAUAGAGAGACACACUAAAAGACACAAGAAACUACUAGUUCAAGAUAGAUUGAGGUUAUUGUUGGAUAGUGAACAGGACUUUCUUGAGUUAUCCCCAGUAGCAGGUUUAGGAAUGCAGUAUGGGGAUGUUCCAAGAGCAGGAGUGGUUACAGGUAUAGGCCAGGUGAUGGGCAGGUACUGCAUGAUAGUGGCCAAUGAUGCAACUGUGAAAGGGGGUUCAGUGUAUCCUGUAACACUGAAGAAACAGCUCAGGGCACAGGAAAUAGCGCACCAGAACAGACUGCCAUGCAUCUAUGUUGUUGAUUCUGGAGGAGCCUUUCUCCCACUACAGGCAGAGAUAUUCAAUCCAGGUGGGCAGACAUUCUACAAUGAAGCUGUGUUAUCUUCCCUAAAAAUCCAUCAGGUUGCUAUAGUGUGUGGCAGCUGUACAGCAGGAGGAGCGUAUGUUCCCACCAUGGCCGAUGAGGCGGUGAUAGUGCACAAAAUGGGCACUAUAUUCCUUGGUGGUCCACCUUUAGUGCAGGCAGCCACAGGGGAGGUAAUCACAGCAGAGGACCUAGGGGGCGCCACUCUGCAUUGCAAAGUGAGUGGGUGCACAGAUCACUUUGCCGCUGAUGAAGAUGAAGCAUUUUCAAUGGGGAGAGACAUAAUUGCCAGCCUCAAUGUGGAGUGUGCGUCUGGUGUAACGAGGGAGCCGGAACAGCCAUUAUACGAUGCCAGUCAGUUGCCAGGAUUAGUCGCAGCAGGCAACCAGUCUAUUGACAUGCACAAGAUUAUUGGCAGAAUAGUUGAUGGUAGCAGAUUCCGAGAGUUUAAGAAGCUGUACGGACAAACACUGGUAACAGGAUUUGGAUUCAUUGAGGGGCAUCUGACUGGCAUCGUCGCCAACCAAGGGGUGUUAUCGACUGAAGCAGCAGUAAAAGGCUGUCACUUUGUCCAGCUGUGUGCAGAGAGACAUGUGCCUAUAGUCUUCCUGCAGAACACAGACCCAGAGGAGCUCCCUCACAGUGAUGGUGUGGCUGUGAGUGAGCAGCUCAAGGCACAGGGCAAGAUGUUCUCCGCUGUCAGCUGUGCCUCCGUGCCCAAGAUUACAGUCAUUGUUGGCAACGGAAUUGGACCAACUCACUACAUAAUGGGCGGUCGAGCAGUGAGCCCCAACUUUCUCUUCACGUGGCCAAACGCUGUGACAGGCAUAAUGGAGCCCAAGACACUGGCCAGUACCCUCGCUCAGCACAAGGCAGCCACAACAGAAGAAAUAGACGAUGUAGACAAGCUUUCUGAUGACUUGCGUGAAGUGUUCACCGGACGUAUGUCCGCCCUGUUCACAUCGACCAGGGUGUUAGAUGAUGGAGUCAUCCUGCCCCAGGACACCAGGAAAGUCGUUGGCCAGUGUCUGAGUAUUGUAUCAGCCUACCUCCCCCGGCAGAACACCAAGUACCCUGUAUUGAGGAUGUGAUACCACUUGGGUUGCAAUAUGCCAUAGUCAACUUAAUGACUACAGGGGCACACACACACACGUUGAUAUAGAUGAAGGGGCUUUAAAGUUAAGUUUUAGCUCUGAAUGCAAUGUUAAAAUACCUCAGAAUGUAGGUAAAUAAGAACUUUAACAAAAUCCCAAUUUUGAACAAAAUAAUGAUUUGUUCCCUUUUUGCCUGUAACGGGCACUCAAUCCAAGAUAAGCCCCUGAGUCUACCUAUUGUAUAAAAGUCAUUAAGUCUCCAAGUACUUGUAGGUUGGUCAUCAUGACACCUACAUUGAAUGUAAUGUUUUGAUUUGAUUUUAUGUAAUUUGAAAAAUAUUGCCCCAAUAACCAUGGUAUGAUAAUCAAUGCAAUAUUUAUUGACUUUGUCAAGAGUGAAUUAAAUAUGUCCCCGGUAGGGAUAUCAUGAUUCCCCAUUGUAUGGAUGCAUCAUGAGUUUAUACCUGAUAAUGUGGUACAGUAAACUACGUUUAUAACGAACUACGGUUAUAAUGAGCUAAACUUUGUGGCCCCUUUAAGUUCGGUAUAACCGUAGUUUACUGUACACAAUAUUCCUACCUGUAUAUCAAUUCUUGUUUAAGGCUGUAUUCAGUUUCCAAAAGUAAUAUGUGCUAAUUUUGCAAAUACUUGGGCAUAACUUUACCAUCUAUCGUGAAACAUAAUGCUGUAUUUGAUUUUAUAAUGAUAAAGAAUAAUCUAACCAGUCAUCGUCCAGCUAGACACAGACAGGUUGUUGACAACAACUUCUUGUUUACCAGGGCCACAAUGGAACAUUGACAAGUUCACUCAUUAAGCAUCGAGAUACGUAUCUCCAAUACUCCCGACUCAGGUAUUAUGAUAUGUAUCUAUAUGAAAAGUAGUCAUAACAUGACACCUGUGUCCCAGGAUGGAACUGGUGUUAUUUACCAUUCCCUUCUCAUAUGUGGAGAAUUAAAUAACAUGGAAACUACAUGCACAGCCAAUAACCGGUAAUGAUGAAAAGUGCUCCCUUUCCCACAUUGGGAACAUUUGUGUCAUUUUGAACUUUGGUUAUUGUAGUGUACCCAUGAAGCUGUGAUGUCAUGUCUUUGGUGUUGCUCGUGGAUGAGGGUGGGUGUAUUUAUUGUUAAAUUAAAGAUAAUUUGUGGUAGUAAAAACAUCCAAUGAAGUUGUUAGAGAAAAUAUAUUUUUCGUGUUCCCUUCUAACGCUACUUGAUGAAAUACAACUAAUGCCAAGUGACAUUAAACAUUCAUGAUUCACGUGAAUCACAUCCGUCGACAAUUCAUAUUUACAUAUGUACUUGUUUUACAUGUUUAACAUGUUAGAAAUUUGCAAAAAAUAUUAUAAUUAUUUAAUUGGGUCUAACUAAUUAUACUUAAAGAUUUCUUUCAUGUUGCAACGGGAUUCCUGGUCGGCUGUUGAUAGCUUGUCAUGGACCUCUCUGUUGUAUAUAUGGUACAUAUUCCUACACAUAUACAUUGUAUCUUAUUCUUCACAAAUAAAUAAUACUAUGAUGUGGAA